GAUGAGUUCGUUCACAUCUACUGUGGCGACACCAUCUUCGUUGUCUUCCGUGAAGUCAUCACCGCGGUAUCCUUGUACUUCGAUGCCUGUCUCCUCGGCUUCUUCAAGGAGUCCUACACCCAGGAGAUCUUUCUCGAUGACGAUGACAUUGAGCCCAAGGCUCUCAAGUUCUACCUUCAACUCACCCACGGCUGGUACUUUGAGAUAAAGUCUUUCGGUAGCAAGGUCGUCCCCUUCUCUCUGUUUGAUGAUCUCAUCAACGCGAACGACCCCGAGGCAUUCAAGCGAGCGCAUCUGGAGAUCCCUAAAAUCAAGCUCAAGACGAUGGCCCAGAUUUGCAUUCUCUGCGAUCGUUUCCUUCACCGCUCGCUUCUCUGCAUUGUCAGACACAUGUUCAUGACCUUACUAGCCCGUACCAAGGAGAACUGGAACACCCUCAAGUACGAGGAUUCUGACUGGAACAUGAUGUACCACGUCGACUUCAUGCUCGACUACAUGGCCGCCUUCGACCUCUUCUCUACCGGCCACGACGAUGAGCACCUCAUCAGAGAUGCGAUCUCGGAGAGCUUCUACUGGUUCACCAGAAACACCCCGUCCCUCAUCCAGCAUUUCUGGAACAUCAUGAGCCCCAAGUUCAUUGAGGAGUGGAACGUCUCUCGCCACAUUGUCUGGGAUUCGGAGUCGGAGAUCAUCAUCGGCCGCGAGUACGUGAGAUUCGACCACGCCAAGAAGCUUUUCAUCACUGAUCAGCUCGUCUUCGAGAACUCGACCAAGCAACAGAAGGACAUCAGAAACGGCCGUGUCGACAACAUGUGCUCGAUUGCGGACCGUAUUAAGCUGUUCCCCUUUGUUGAGAAGCAGGAGGACAACCGUACCCGCCUCGCCCGUCUUCGCGCCAUUGUCGAGCAGGUCCAGCGCAAGAGC